UCCCACCGAGGUGGUCCAGACUAGAGACCGAAGUGAGCAUGGACGCUGACAGGGCGUCACCAUGUGGCUCACCGUGUAACGGUCUUCGGUCUCGGGUGCUGCAGCCCACAUGUAAAUUCCGCAGUGGCCAAGGCUCGAACCCAGGGGCGGGCACUUCCAGCUGGAGCUCCUAUACCACUAGACCAAAGCAACUUGGUUAUUCCUGAUCAUUGUUAUAACACGCAAAUAUGUAUAGACGCGUUACGCAACUUAUGCUGCAAGAACCUCAGACGUGUAUUGUCUAUAUAUAACAUGUAUCGAAAUCUUGCAUUGCCUACACGUUAAUUAGAAACACUUACGAGAGAAAAGCUUCAUUUACUCCCCCCAAGAGGUUCCAUAAAAUGGCCAAGAAAAUCUUGAUGUCGGUAAAUAUGAGGUGCGAAAAAUGUCGCUCAGCAGCUCUUAAGAUCGGAGGCCAAACCACUGGAGUGACUUUUGUGGGGUUAGAAGGAAAAGAAAAAGAUCAAGUGGUGGUGAUCGGUGAAGGAAUCGACGCCGCCGGUUUGGUCCUCCGGCUACGCAAGAAAGUCGGUUUUGCUGACCUUAUUAGCGUCACUGAUGUUGACACUUCCUAGAAUAAAAGCGAAAUCAUAUUUCCCACUUUUGUUGCACUCUUUUUCAGUAAUCAUACCCUUUUUUCUUGGUGAAGUCUGUUUCACACUAAUCUUCUUCUCUUUCGCAUCAUGGCUAUCAUUCCACUGUUUCUUUAUUCAAAUAUUUACUUCUAUAGUUAUAUAAGUUAUAACAUAGUGUUAAAAAGUAUUAUCUUAAUUCCUAUUUUGCCUUAA